AUGUGCAAGACAGCAACAUUACUCUGGUCGCUCGCUAGCGGCAAAGCUGCAUCCCAGCCCUUCGGUCGGACACUGGCUUCGACUCGACGAGGGGCCAAGUGUUUGGCGCGAUUCGGCCCGCCCGUCUUCAAUCGGUCAUUCUGCCCCACUCCCAACCCGCCUAGCAUUCCCGGUUUGCUGCGAAAUCUGCGCGCAAACAAAAGGCCUCAAGCUCGCUUCCUCAGUAGCUCGCCCGGCUCAGAUGUAGCCGACGAGAGUGCAGCAGACAUCAAAGCAAGAGCAGCCUGGGUCGCCGAAUUCAGGGACAAAGAGUUGCCGAAGGACUUCUUGACCACUACGUUCACCAGAGCGAGUGGACCUGGCGGGCAGAACGUCAACAAACUGAGCACAAAAGCCAACAUUCGGCUAGACCUAAACAAGCUCAAGCAAGGUGUGCACGGAUUUGAGCCGCCACCUAGUGGCGCCAUCAAGCUGCUCGCUCGCAGAUCUCCUUUCUACGUGGCUUCAUCUCAUUCUUUGCUCGUCACUAGCUCUCAGGACAGAUCACAAGCUUCCAAUGAGCAAGAUGCGCUUCGCAAGCUGCAUGCUCACCUGGUCCAGACGCUCUCUGCGGAUAUUCCCGGAGAGACUUCAGAUCAGCAGAAGGAAAAGGUCAAGAGGUUGCAAGAAAGCGAUGCGAGACGCAAAAAGAUGGCCAAGCAGAAGAGGGGCGAUGUCAAGAGCGGAAGAAAAUCUGGCAAAGCCGUCGUUUGGGACUGA